AUGCCCUAUCCCAAAAAGGGUAGCCCGGGUCUCUAUGAAGGUUACGUUCUCAUCGAGUUCGCAUUCUUUCAUCCCCAAUUUCAAAAAAGAAGUCCCUUUUUUUCUUCUUUUCGAAAUAAGGAAAAGAUCUUGGAACCCAAUAACCUCCUUUUUAAAAUUUGUGUACAAUAACCUCGAAUAAUCUCAAACCCUAGCACUGCUUCGUGCUCAGGGUAGCUUUUGUUCAAGUGUGCAACUUCAUUGCUGGGGAACCUUAUCUUUGUCCAAAUUUUGAGGCAGUAACUACCUGUGGUUGCUGGUUGUGUUUGCAAACAUAAUUGGUACUGGCAUUUUGGCUGCCGCUUGUGGAUUUGUCUGAAAAAUGGAUCUUGAAGGCAACAGAUUUGGGAUGGGACAUAAAGAACUUGGAGGUGGACGAGAUCUCAUAAACCAGUAUAAGCUCUGGCCAUACUAUGAAUUCUUCUGCAAGAGGUCACUUCCAUCAUCAAUUUCGGACACGCACUAUCUUCACAAUGUGGUCGGUGACAAAAAAAUUAGGAAGGGAGAAGGAAUGGGACUGCAUCAGUUCUGUAAGAACACCAACACAAGUGAGAGAAAAGCUUCCUUACAUCCUUUUGAGUUGGAUGUGCUAAAUGAAGCUUUCCACAUGAGGGAAAUGGGUCCCAUGCAGCUUUCUACUUCGCAAAAGGGGCUAAGGACCGCAAAGCCAAAGUCAGAGAAACAAUCAAAAGGCAACAAGAUGGAGAAAAUUGAGGACAAAACUGUUGAUAGGAAGGAUGAAAAACAUAGUAAGCAUAAAGUACAUGAGGUAAAGGAUGGAAGUUGUAUAGAGAACAAUGUAAUUAGGCGCCAUGAUUCUCAUCCCUUGCAAUUAAAGAAUCGACAAGACAAGAAAAGGAGGGCUGAGACAAGCAAUGAUCCUUCUGUUUGCAAGAGACCACCAAAUACAAGAAAGUGAGAAGCUGGAUUACAGGCUCAAGUUACUUGCUUCAGUAAUUCAAAACCCGAUGUAAACAUUUUGUACAAUUGACAUUUGGUUGUGCUUUUCUGCCAUGAAUAUUGAAUAGAAGGACUAUUGGCCUUAUUACACCACAAUUUCAUGACUUGCCUUUCUCUAGAACUUCUCAGUUUUGUGCAUAGUGCUUGUAGUCGGUUUACUUGUUUAUUUAUUUAUUCUUUUUAUAGGUCCAGGCUUGUAAUCUUAAGAGAGGCGAGAGGGGAGGAAGGGACAACGAAAUUAAUACCAUUCUUUAAUUUUUACCAGUGGUUAAUCUCUAAGGGUCUGAAAUUAUAUUCAUGCCAAUAUGACUCCUGCAAAUGUAAUAUACCUG